AUGCCGAUGCCUGCACAAGCCGGACCUGCUACAGCCUCGCCUGUGCAGAAUUAUGAGCCACACUUGGCAUCCCCGGCGAGCAGUGACGAUUUAGAUGGACCUUACACUCGUGGCUUUCCGGAUCCGGCGUCCAUAGAAGAGCAGAAGAAGGCCUACUGCAGGAGCCUGGACCUACAACUCGAGGAAGGGAACAAGUCGUUGCAGCAGCAAAACAUUGAGAGGAAGAAGCAGCUCCACGAGGCGGCAGAGCAGCAGAAGCAAGCCUUGCUGCUUCACAUGGAUCAGCAGGUCAAGAUGCAGGAAAUGGCCCUGGAUGAGCAGACCAAUCAGGCGAUGAUGGGUCUGAAAAAAGCGGCCUUGGACCAGAGGGCUGCCUUAGAGCAACAAGCGGCGUCGCUGACGCUGGAAUAUCAGCAGAGGAAGAUGCACGAAGAGUUCGCCGCAACUCAAGCGGAGAUGCACAGGCAGUAUUUGGACUCGCACACCAAGCUUCAGACCGAGGUGGAGAGACACCAGAACGAGUCAAAAACCAAGAUGCACGCCGAAUGGCAGAGGCAGGUGAAGGAGCGAGGUGACGUCCUGGGACCUUCUGCGAUGCCGCAGAUGAUGUCCCUUCCGCCAUCGCAAACCGUUCAGGCGCCUGUUGCUGCGGCUCCCGUUUCCAUGCAGUACCCACCCGCUUGCUUCUCAGCGCGGUAG